CUGGGGAUGUUUUAAGGUCAUCCUGCGUUGCUUUCCCGUACUACAACCUCCAAGAACCACUGUGUUUCACAGGGCAUUUUGGAUACUGUAGGAACUUUCCUCGGAAACAUGUAACACUGAAACAGUGCUUCGCCGAUCUUCGGAACUACAUUUCCCAGGGUGCACGAGCCCGACGCCGUCCCACGCGAACGCUGACUGACUGAGCGGGCGCGCGACGCGACAUGAUGAUGAUGUCGAUGACGGACGAGAGGACGGUGCACGAGCGGAGGUUCGACGCCGCAGUCAAAGUGAUCAAGAGUUUACCUGCGAACGGUCCCUUCCAGCCUUCCAACGAGAUGAUGCUCAAGUUCUACAGCUACUACAAGCAGGCCACCCAGGGGCCCUGCAGCAUCCCCCGGCCCGGCUUCUGGGAUCCGGUCGGCAAGGCCAAAUGGGAUGCGUGGAAUUCUCUUGGAGACAUGCCAAAAGAAGAUGCCAUGAUAGCAUAUGUGGAAGAAAUAAAAGUGUCGGGUCCAGCUUGUGAAGUGUGGAUUUUGCAGAUUCUGGAAAGCAUGCCUGUGACAGAUGAGGUGGAGGAGCUCUUGCAUGCCCUGGGACCCUUCUAUGAACUGGUGGAUGAGAAGAAGAAGAUCACCCAGGUGUCUGACCUGACCACAGCACGAUUGGAGCAGUUUGUUAGGACAAUGGAAGGUUUUGGCAGCAUGCUAUCUUCCCCACCGAAGAGUGUCACGAAGAACAUCGUGAGGAGCUUGACCAUGAAUGGCACUUUGGAGAACCACACCAGGAGAGCUGAGUCUGAUGGCAGGAAACCCAAGGCAGCUGAGGAUGGGGAGAUGGCACUGGAGGAAGGUGUGCUUCACUUGACCCCAGAGAAUGAAAUUUUGACUGGUAAGCAAAACGGCCAGUUGGAAACGGCUAUAACCCCUCUGUCGAACGGUUACCCAGAAAGCGUUCCGUCCCUGACCAAUGGAACCCACAGCUCCAAAUCAGCUCUUAACAGCGAUGAGUCUGAGGAGGAGCUUCUCCACACCUCAACUGCUGACCAUAAGGAGCUCAAUGGUCACAUCACUGAGCACAGCGAGGACCCAAUGGGCCUCCAUCAUAUGGCCAGCGACUCAGACAGCGAGGUGUACUGUGACUCUAUGGAUCAGUUUGGGCUGGAGGAGAGCGCUGAAGUGCUCGUGAGCCACACCUUGGAGUCGGACCACAGUCUAGCAGAGACAUGUGCUUUGGUAGAUGGCUGCCUGCAGACUGAAUCGGAGGGAGUCCAGUGUGGAGGGGAGGAUGGGAAGCCCAGCGGAAACGUACCUCCAAGGGAGAGACUGAGCGCAGGCAGAGCAGACAGCUCCCUGGGCAGGAGAGGAAGAGGCCCCAGGUUCGCUGGUGACGUUAGCCAGGGCGGCCUGGCUGGUGGCGGGGGGGACGGCGAGCGCUGGGGGCCGGAGGGUGGUCCCAGGGGAAGCCUGAACGAGCAGAUCGUCACGGCGCUGUCUCGGCUCCAGGAGGACAUGCAGAGCGUGUUGCAGAGGCUGCAUACGCUGGAGGCCCUCACAGCUUCGCAGGCCAGAUCAUUAGCGCUUCAGUCAAAUUACCCAUCAUUUCCACCAGCUAAAAAGAAACCAUCCUGGUGGCCCUUUGACGUGUCCCCGGGGACGGUGGCCUUUGCUGUGAUCUGGCCGUUUGUGGUGCAGUGGCUGAUACGCCUGUACCUCCAGCGCAGGAGAAGAAAAAUGAACUGAGCACGAGACGCCCCUGCACAGGAAGGACCUGUCCUUGAACGAGCGUUCUGGGACCUCCCCCCCGUUGUUCUGCAGGCCUAGUUUCGUCUUCUUCCUAUCCCUCAUGUAAUUCUUGCUCUUGCACUACGAUGAUGGCACUAUGAGUAAUAAGUGGCUACUUUCCUUAGCAACUACUGAUACUAAAAAUGGAAUGAGAAUUAAGAGGGAAAAUGUGAAUGUAUGGAAUUGUGAAUCAUGAUCAUGCAGGCUUUUUAAAAAGAAAGUAGUAUGGUUAUUCCUUUGCACUUGUAGCAUUAAUAUUAUAAAGAAUAAAUAAGGAAUAUCUUUAUUUGAUCGUCACACGUUUAAGAGAAGAAUAUCUGAAAUUAAUUUAGUGUUGAAAUGAACUUUUUUAAGGCAUGCAAAAAAGUUAACAUCUCAACCUCAGGUCUAAGGGGCAUUAUGACUUUAUUUUGGCAGAUAGAUUAAAACAAAAGCCAUGCACCAGUUUCUUAGGUUUUUUGCUGCUGUGUUGAGAGAAGCUCUAUGAUCACCUGGUACCUUUAAUCAGUGUGCUAUUAUAUCUAUAUCUAUAUAUUUUUUUGGCAUUUUUUAAAAUUAAAAUUAAUUCAACGUCAUGGUUAACCGGACGUGAAAGUUCUCGCUUUUUCAAAUCUCGGCCCUUUAACGCUUACCUAAGUGUCUAAUAUCACAAACCAUU